GUGAAACGUGUCAGUUUGCAUGUAAGCGCCGAUCAGUGGACUGGCGAGUUUGUGCUUGCAAUUAUGCUGAUCGCGGUGCUUUUACAUGGUACAUAUAUUCCAUAUCAAUAUCUUCUUCUCACCAUUCUCUGAUCGGCACCUAAUAUGCACUAUUUUCAUCUUACGAGGUGCUGAACAACGCACAGGAUCGGUUUGACUGGCCCGGCCCAUCAGUGAUUUGUUCCUUUCUCGUAUCACCUAUGCCUAUGCAAUGUGCCAAUAAUGCAUCGGCAUGUCAACGGCAUCAAUACUUGGUGUCCAAGGGUCAUGCUCAUAAGGUAGACAUGACAGCUUCUCGAUGCCCACGAUAAUGAUCAUGAGCAACUCUUCUGGUACAACGUUUCAGCUCAUUGAUGAUAUGAAUGGAUUCCAGAGUGCUCAUUAUCUAGAAAUAUCAUGCUUCACACUUCUGGUUUACGAUCUACUGACUACCUUCGGAGAAGAGGUUGAAUACUUCUGGUCGGGUCCAUGGAGCAUAUCGCGUGUUUUGUUUUUCUUGAACCGAUAUCUUCCAUUUGUCGUCAUGAUACCAACAAAUGCUGCGAUGUUUGGGGACGAGAUGUCAGCUCAGUCGUGCACUCAUUGGAUUCGCACUGCAUUUGAGCUUUCUAUCAUCGUAAUCUGCAUCAAUCAAGGAAUUCUCUUCCUCCGCGUGUGGUACAUGUACUCUCAUAAUGCCAUUGCACGAGCGGUUGCAUGCUUCAGCUACGCAGCAUGUGCUCUAUCAUCCCUCAUAAUGAUGGGCUUGAGUCUCCCUUUCCUGGAGUCAACCACGGAGUCUCUGCAGCUUCAGCGGGAGAUAUCAGCUAUUCCAGGAUGUUCUGCACCUUCCCCAUCAAUGAUAUGGACAGUUUUCGUUCCCAGUACCAUCAUCCACAUGAUUUUGUUUGGAUUCACGAUCGCACGAGUCGCGAAGGUCUCUCGUGACUUGCAGAUGGAUCAAUUGAUGCGACGUCUGGUACGAGAUGGUGGCCUUGUCUUCUUCGUUUCGAUGGCCACGGCUACAUUUUCAGCAGUCGGUGCUCGUUUAACCACAGAUCCUGUCAUAAACGCGCCAGCAACCUGGUCAAACUCACAGUUAGCAAUCAACGCAGUUGCAGUGUCUCGGCUUAUGCUCAGCAUACGCUCCCUAGCUGGGAAGUUGAAAAUUAAUCAAGAUUGGUUGUUCAACCCGUCUGAGCUCAGUAGGGUAAGGUGGAGGGCUGCCUCUGGUGAUUAUGGCCGCAUCAUCGUAGUCGAGAUGGAUACACAUGAACCAGUAGCACAAAAAGUAUGAUGUUAGCUGUGACAUAAUAACUCGAGACUACCCUUGCCAAUCCCAACCAAAUAUCAUAUCGUGA